CAGCUGCAGUGAAACUUAAACACUUACUUCAACAACAACACAUGGAGACACUGUACAGGAAUAUCCAUCCAUAUGGAUAAAUUAUUCCUCAUGGAUAGAUGCUGAUAUCCCCACUGCUGGCUGUCCGGCGGUUAUAAACACUGGACUUUUAUAUUAUUUUGCAUGUUUUGUGGCCGGUCAUGCUAGUUAGCCUUCGACUGAUAACAAGAAAAACACAAAUUAACCAGCUAAAUAUCUUUAAUUGUUAUUGAUGUGGAUUUAUAAGAAGCAUCAUAAUUCGUUUUUGCGAUGGGAACGUCAUAUAAAAUUAUAUGACAGCGUGUCGGCAGUUUUUUUCUUUAUAUUUGAUCAAUAGUUUAAUAUUAGCUCAUGCUAACAGCAUUAAUAUCAGGAGUUCCUGUUUUGUGUUUUGGAUCGUUGGAUAUGUUUUUUAUGGAUAUAAAUCAUUACAGAUGUUUAAUUCGGUGUUUAUAAGUGGUUUGAGGAGCUCUUUGUUCGGAAGAGGAAGAUGAUGAGGAAGAUGAUGGUGAUGAAGAUCAGCUCAACAGGGAACUGCUGAUUAUAAACAGACACAUUUAGAAAAAUGCCCAGGAGAAAACAGUCCAAUCCACAACCUGUCAAAUUUGGUGCUGAAGAUGGUGUUACGGCUGGCGAUCAGGAAAACCUGGUCUUGGAGAGCGAUUUCCUCCUUGGACAAGACCUGGGCUUUGGAGAAAAUGACUAUAGGAUCGUCGGUUUUGAAAGGGAUUCAGACUCAGUCGCUGCUGAUAUGGGGAUGCCGGCGUACAGCUUCAGCGACGAGGACUGUUCUGGCUACAACCGCCUCGGCAUGGAGAGCGAUUUCGAGGACCCUCGAGACACCGAGAGCGAGCGUGAAGAGAUAAGCCCAGAUGCUGCCUUCACCCACUACCUCUCCUGUAGGCAGUGCGGCCAGCUCCUGGGGGACCCCUUGAGCGGGGCCCUGGAUCUCACCGGCCUGUACUGCCUCCAGUGUGGGGCCGAGGGAGGAGACGCAGACCGCCAAGAUAGACCGUUAGAAGAGGUCCACCCCACUGAUACCACGCAAGGAAAAGCCAAUCGAGGCAGAUCAACGUCGAAUGUAAACGCUUGUAAGACCUACUCAUGCAAACUGUGCAGUUUCACCUCGCGCUACUCCAAUCACUUGAAACGGCACAUGAAAACACACAACGGCGAGAAACCGUACCAGUGCCCACACUGUGCGUAUGCCUCCGCUCAGCUGGUCAACCUGCAGCGGCAUGUGCGCACACACACGGGCGAGAAGCCGUACAAAUGCGAGUUCUGCACGUUUGCAUGCAAUUCCCUGGGUAACCUGAAGAGGCACCAGCGCAUGCACACUCAAGAGAAAUCACUCAACUGCAGUCAGUGCGACUUCCGCGCGAACAGCAGCCACUCGCUAAAGAAACACACAGUGAGCCACAAGCUGAAGAAAUCGACAGACUUAACAGAAGAGUCUUUAGUUUCUGGCCUUACUCUGCACAUCAACAGCGACCCUGACCUCCUCCAAAACUACGACACCCUGCGAGCGGAUUGCCACCCCACCACCUUGCAGGACACUGAGGGCAUGGCCCAAGAGUCGGACCCUUUACCCGAGCUGCUGUUCCCCUUCACGUGUCGGGUUUGUGGCCUUGUGCUAGAGGACGAGGAGGGGGCUGCGGCGCAAAUCUGUAACAAAUGCACAGUCGACAUGCUGUCAGAAACCUCCCCCAACAGUUUGGAAAAAGACGACAAGCUGUACUCCUGUACCACGUGUCCGUUCGUCACGCAGUACCCCAACCAUCUCGCCCGGCACAUGAAGACACACAGCGGCGAAAAACCCUACAAGUGCCCGCAAUGCAACUACGCGUCCGCCCACUUCGACAACCUCAAACGGCACCACCGCGUGCACACGGGAGAAAAGCCGUACAAAUGCCGGAUGUGCGACUACGCUUGCGGCAAUUUGGCGAAUCUGAAACGGCACGAGCGCAUCCACUCGGGUGCAAAACCGUUCCAAUGCACCGUGUGCAGUUACAGCUGCAACCAGAGUAUGAACUUGAAACGCCACAUGCUGCGGCACACUGGCGAGAAGCCCUUCAAGUGUCAGGAUUGCGGUUACACAACAGGCCACUGGGACAAUUACAAACGGCACCAAAAGAAACACGGCCACUCGGCGGAAGGGUGGAUCAAAAUGCAGCUGGCAGAGAAAGAGGAGGAAGGAGAGCUGUAGUUUGAUGUCUAACUCCAGUUGCCUUAUUAUUAUCUGAGAAAUCCAUAUGGCAAACCACAUUGGGUUCUUUUAUGUUGUAUUGUAUACCACUGUUUACAGCAGCUGUUAUCAUUAUAAACGUCAUCUCAAAUGAAUCUCAUAGAGACAGAUUAUGCACCUAUGGGUGAAUCUCACAAAAGCAUGUCCAGGUUACAUUUCACCCCCAAAUCAAAUGUUUAUAUUAGAUUACAUUUUGCAUAAAUAAAAUGAAGCUAGAGCCAUUCGGAUAGUUUUUUGCAUGGUGAUUUUGUGUUAUUCUCACUAGAUUUGUAAUACAAUACUGUAAAACAAGGAUUUUUUUUUUUUUACGUUAGCGUAAUUUUUUUUAAUUCAAAUUAGAGUAAUGAUAAUUAAGUUUUUUUACAUUAUAGUAAUAAGAAUUUGGGUGAAAAUUAGCUUAUUUUAUGACUGUUAAGCACAUUUUCUCCAGAAAUUCUUAUAAUUGGACAUUUUUUUCAUUCCUGUACUGGAAUACAUAAUUUUUAUUAUUUUAAAACUGAAUAAAUUAAAGGUAGUACAACAAAUAGGAUCAUAAAAUACUUCACAAUUUAAGUAUUUUUUUUUAUUUAUUUUUUUAAUCUUUUUUUUAUUUUUUAUUUUCUGAUUUCAAUAAUUAGAAUUAGAUUUUUUACAUUAUAGUAAUACAAAUUUGGGGGGAAAUAUGCUUACUUUGACAAUUAAGCACUUUUCCACAAAGAAUUCUCAUAAUCGGGAUGUGCCUGGAAGUUUUGAGUAAUUUUUUUUUUUGGUAAUUCCUAUUAAAUUCAAUGGUAAAAAAUAAAUAAAUAAUAAUAUUAAUAAAACUACUGUAAUAAAAUUAUUAGAUAUGUAUAUAUUUUAAUUAGCACAAAUGAAAGGCAGCACAACAAAUACUACCAUGAAAUACAUCACAAUUAAAAAAAGUAUUUUAUUACAUUUUUUACAUUUUUUACAGACUACAUUAAUGACAAUGAGAUUGUUAUUACAUUAUAAUAAUUCGAAUUUGGGUGACAAUUUGCUUAUUUUAUGACUGUUUAGCACAUUUUCAGAAAUUCUCAUAAUCAUGUCAGAACAUUUUGGUAUUCCUGUAAUAUUUUGCCAAAUAAUUACUGGAAUACAAUAUUUUUAAGCAAAUAAAUCUGAAUAAAGGCAGUACAACAAAUAGUACCAGAAUAUAUUUCAAAAUUUAAAUAAUUUAUCAUUAUUUUUUAAUCACAGUAAUGAUAAUUGGAUGUUUUACAUUAUAGUAAUUAAGAGUUUUGGGGGAAAUAUGCUUACUUUGACAACUAAUCACUUUUCCAUAAAACAUUCUCAUAAUCGGGAUGUGUCCGUGUGUUUUGAGUCGGUUUAUUGUAAUUCCUUUUAUAUUCAGUUGCAAAAAUACAUCUGCAUAAAGGCAAUACAAGAAAUACUACCUUAAAAUACUUCACAAUUUAUUUUUGUAUUUUUUUUAGAUUACAGUAAUGAUAUAUAUUUUUUUACAUUAUUAUAAUAAUAAUAGUUUACGGGAAAUGUGCUUGCUUAAUGACAAUUAAUCAUAUUUUCCCCACAAAUUCAUUAAACCAAAAUGUGUUAUUUGUAAUUAUAAAAAAAAAAUUACUGUAAUACAAUUAUCCCAAAAAUCAGCAUAAA